UUGAACUUCGUGCACAUAUAAGAAACAUCCAAAAUGGUGAAUGGUCAGGUUAUAGAGAGCCUUACAUGUCAAAGGCGCUUAAAGAAAUUCUUCGACUCCCUGAAGAACAACCUUCUCCGGAACAAAUAAUUGAGGAGAAAUUCAAAGAACUUGGAAAAAUUAUUAAAAAUCUGCCCACUCUUAAAGAUCUUAAGGAUCUAAAAGAAUCAAUUGAAAAUCUGAAAACAAAUAAAUA